AUGAAGAAAGCUAUCGGUCAAACUGUUAGGGACCUUAAAAGAGAAGUAAAUAAGAAAGUGCUGAAAGUUCCUGGAAUUGAACAGAAGGUUCUUGAUGCUACCAGCAACGAACCAUGGGGUCCUCAUGGAUCACUUCUUGCAGAUAUUUCUCAGGCAACCAGAAACCCUCAUGAAUACCAGAUGAUCAUGGCAGUAAUCUGGAAGCGAAUCAAUGACACUGGCAAGAAUUGGCGGCAUGUCUACAAGGCUUUGACAGUACUAGAGUACUUGGUGGCUCAUGGGUCAGAGCGAGUCAUAGACGAGAUCAGAGAACAUUCAUAUCAAAUAUCAACAUUAUCCGAUUUUCAAUACAUUGACUCCAGUGGAAGGGAUCAAGGAAACAAUGUCAGGAAGAAAUCUCAAAGUCUGGUUGUCCUUGUGAAUGAUAAAGAAAGAAUCAUAGAAGUUAGGCAGAAGGCUGCUGCUAACAAGGACAAGUUUCGCAACAAUGUGGCUGGUGGAAUGUAUAGACCUGGUUCAUAUUCGAACAGUGGAGCAUAUGGUGACAGAUAUGAUGAUGAUCGUUAUGGAAGCAGGGAGGAAGAUCGAAAUGGCUAUGGUUAUGGAAAAGAAAGAGAAUGGGGCUAUAAAGAUGAUGAUCGACAUAGUCGUGAUGGAGAUCGUUAUGGUAGAGAUUAUGAGGAUCGUUAUGGCAGAGAUGAUGACUAUAGGGGAAGAAGUCGAAGUGUUGAAUACCAAUAUGAAUCAAGAAGCAGGAGCUCAGAUAGAGAUCAUAAUGAUACUGAUGGACAAAACUCAUCUCGCGGAAGUAAUGCUAAAGCUGAAGACCAAUCUCUGGAAGCAAGGCUUGAGCGGAAAAUUUCUGAGCAAAAUGCGGGUGCUCCUCCAAGCUAUGAAGAAGCUGUUGGUGAAUCUCGCAGCCCUGUACACAGUGAAAGAGAUGUGGAAACGUCGGCAGCAUCUGCUCCAAGAGAUUCCUCUCAUGUAAAUGAUAAUCCUAGUCAAAGCUCUGCUCCUACAGGAUCUUCUCCUGCAAACAAUAAUUCAACAGAAGCAAUCACUGCAGCAUCUGGAGCUCAGGAACCUGAGGCAACUGAUGAUUAUUUUGAUCCACGGGGUCCUGCAUCAGCUGCCCCAGCGGGCCCAGCGGUACCAACUGCCCCUAGCACCACAAAUAAUGUUGAAUUGGACUUGCUUGGUUCCCUCUCAGACUCGUUCUCAAAUUUAUCUAUUGUACCAUCUGAAUCAACAACUGCAGCCCCUGAUGCAAAUUCUUUUGAAGAUCCAUUCGGUGAUACGCCAUUCAAGGCUUUUACUUCCACUGAAACUGCUCCAUCUCAAUCCCUGACAUAUCAGAGCAAUGAGCCAUCCCAACCAAAUGGUCUUAAUGCAGAAACCAAAUCUGACUUUGGGUUUGGGGAAUCAUUUUCUGUCGUACCAUACUCUGCACCUGUUGCCUCUGACACCCAACCAUUUUCUACAAACUCUCAGUUUUUGUCUCAAGAUUUGUCAUCUGCGCAGCCAGAAACAGAUAUUCUUGCAGACAUUCUUCCCCCUGCACCGUUACCUGAUAUGAGUUCACAGCAGAACAUUUCAGCACCUGGUUUUGGCCAUCCUUCUUCACCUUCCUUUCCAGCUUCAUCUGGUCAAAUGCCAUCACAACCAUUUUCUGAACCAACUGGCCAAUUUACCCAGCAAGGUUUCUCAGCUACUACCAAUCAACCUGCACAAACCUUUCCAGUUCCUACAGAUCAAUUUUCUCAACAACCCUAUUCUGCUCCUAAUGGCCAACCAGGACAAGUACAAUCAUCCUUUUCAUCUCCCUCCAGUCAAUAUCCACAACAACCCUUUUCAUCUCACGCUGGUCAACAUCCAUUUGCAUCCUCUACUGGCCAACAUAUUCAGCCACCUUUUGCUUCUCAAGGUGGCCAACCUGCACAAUCAGGUGGUAUGUAUGGUGGAUUGCACUCCCAGGAUGGAUCUCCUCAUUCCCAAAAUGGAUAUAAUGGGCAUAUGAACAGUGGGAACAUCCUGACACAGGGAUCUACAGCAGCUUUUCCUUCACACCUUGCUGCCCAAACACCAACAGGACAGUUGUCACAGGGCACCAACUUUUCUCAUAAUGGAGGAUCUACUGCUCCACAUAUGUCUUCCCACUCUCCAACUCAUCAGUCAUCACAGUUAAACAACCAGAGCUUUAUUGGACAACAAGGGAAUGCAGGCCCCUUUAGUUCACCAAUUAUCAAUCAAUCACUCGCUUCUAAUGCUUCACAAUCAAAUUCAUUAGUUUCUCAACCAUCAAAGGACAAGUUUGAGACAAAGUCAACAGUGUGGGCUGAUACACUAAGCAGGGGAUUGGUUAAUUUGAAUAUAUCUGGACCUAAAACAAAUCCAUUAGCAGAUAUUGGGGUUGACUUUGAAGCCAUUAAUAGGAAGGAAAAAAGAAUGGAGAAGCCCACUACCGCAGCUGUAACAUCAACUAUAAAUAUGGGUAAAGCUAUGGGAUCAGGCUCAGGUAUGGGCCGGGCUGGUGCUGGUGCUCUCAGGUCUCCUUCAAACCCAAUGAUGGGCUCUGGCAUGGGUAUGGGUGUGGGCAUGGGCAUGGGCAAUGGUCCUGGUGUUGGAAUGGGUAUGGGAGGCUAUGGAGGCAUGAAUCCAUCAAUGGGUAUGGGAAUGGGAGGGAUGGGUAUGGGACAAGGGUACCAAAUGCAACCCCCAACUGGAUUGCCUCCUGGCUCCAACAUGCCAGGUAGUUAUAAUAACUCCAUGAUGGGUCCAGGUAGUUAUGGUCAACAUCCAUAUGGUGGUAAUGGUCAACAUCCGUAUGGUGGUAAUGGUCAACAGCCAUAUGGUGGUUACGGUCAACAGCCAUAUGGUGGCUACAGAUGA